AUGAGCGCGAAAUUGAGCGGUUCUGUAUUACUCGUUGGAGCAGGUGGUAUCGGGUGUGAGGUCUUGAAGAAUUUAGUUUAUAAUGGGUUCAAUAACAUUACAAUUGUGGACCUUGAUACCAUCGAUGUAAGCAACUUAAACCGACAAUUCCUGUUCAGUAAGAAGCAUGUUGGGCGUUCGAAAGCAGAAACUGCCAGGGACAACGUAUUGGCAUUCAAGCCAACCGCUCAUAUUGUUGCGUAUCACAAAAGUAUAUUCAGCUCGUCAUUCAACUCUGAAUUCUUCGGAAAGUUUUGUGUUGUUUUCAACGCCUUGGAUAAUCUUGCUGCAAGAAAACAUGUGAAUCGUAUGUGUAUAUCGGCAAAGAUCCCCUUAAUUGAGUCCGGUACAGCUGGUUACUUAGGACAGGUCGAACCGUUAAUUCCUGUAGUUGAAAUGAGUGAAUUGCAGACCACCAACACAGAAGCAAAUCAAGCGACAAUCUAUCGUACGGGAUGUUAUGAAUGUCAGCCUCGUGGUUUAGGUCAGCGUUACUAUCCAGCUUGCACCAUACGUAACACUCCAUCUGAGCCAAUUCACUGUGUUGUUUGGGCAAAGUAUUUAUUCAAUCAGUUAUUUGGUCAACCUGAUGUGAAUGAUGAAGAUGUAUCUCCGGAUUUCUCUGAUCCAAGUCUACAGAACCAUGAUCGUAAUCAGAUUAAUGAUGAAUUAUUGCCGGUUAAAAACGAUCUUAUCAAUAAAUCUGAUGAUGUGUUAAAUACAGAUAGUAAAGCGAUUGUAAAUUCAGUUAAACCUGAUCAAAUUACUUUAAGAGAAUGGUUUCACAUUCUGUGGUCUAGUAAUGAAAAUGAUCAGUCUGGUUUAGAAAAUUGUAAAAUUUCAUCUGGUGCCAUUUCACUAUCUUGGAGAUUAUUUCAUCAUGAUAUUGUAACAUUGGUUAGUAUGCGUGAUUUAUGGGUCGACCGUCAAGAUCGUCGAGAACCGAGUCCUUUGGAAAAGACUACCAUGAAAGAUGCAUUAGAAAAAGAUUCAAGUGAUGAAUUAUUGGAUUCAGCAUGUAUCAGUGAAUUACGUGAUCAACGUAGACUAUCUACAUCGGGUUGGCUUCGUAUUUUCUUAAAAUCAGUUGACAAACUACAGAAACAAGUAGAAGAUGGUGAAGGAGAUAAAUACUUAGUAUGGGAUAAGGAUGACCAGGAAGCUAUGGAUUUUGUCGCCUCGGCAUCAAUUAUUCGAUCACAGUUAUUUCAUUUACCCGGUGCUGAUCAGUUAAACAGAUUUAUUAUUAAAUCUUUAGCUGGGAAUAUUAUCCCGGCUGUAGCAUCAACAAAUGCCAUCGUUGCUGGUCUUAUGGUACUACAAGCUAGACAUAUUUUAUCUAAAAAGUUUGAGCGUAUUCGUUCUGUUUACAUACAUCGUCGACCAACUGGUCGUCGUGGCAAUCGUCGUCUUGUAGUCCCUGUUGAGCCUGCACCACCGAAUCCAUCUUGUUUAGUGUGUAGUGAUUCUGUUAGAAAUUCUCAAUUGCAUUUACUCUGUGCACCGGAAUUAUUAACACUGCGUAUUCUACGUGAUCGUAUCUUGAUACGACAUUUAGGUAUGCUUGCUCCAGAUGUCGAGGUACCUGAUCGUGGCAUUAUACUGAUAUCAAGUGAAGAAGAUGAAACAGAUGAAGAGACGUUAAAUAAAACAUUAACUGACUUUAAAUUAACACACGGCACUUGUUUACAAUGUGAUGAUUUUCGUCAAGAUUUCACUAUUCGACUUAUUUUAUCAUGUAUUAGUGUAGAGCUAGCUAAUAAAUUGCCUACUACUUCUGAUUUAUCAACAUUGAAUCUUAAUCUCAGUAGUCGUUUAGAAGAACAAUUGACUAGUGAAGAGCUACAAUCUGAGACAUGGAGAAUUGUAGGUGAUAUGAAUUCCAUUUUGCCGAAUUCAAAAGAUAAUACAGUAUUAGAAAAGAAUACUGAAAAAGAGAACAAUGAACAUACAGAUAAAUUUGUUCACAAUGAUGAUGAUGAUACUGAGGAUGAUUUAAUUGAAAUUACUGAAGUUUCUAUGAUCAAAUUAAAUCAAGAUUUGGAAAAUGGUGUCAAUACUAGUAAUACUAGUAUUAAUAAUAAUAGUACUAAACGUAAAUGUCUUGAUGAUCAAGACAAUUUGAAUAGAAUAAAAAAGAAAUUACGAUUUGAUAAAGAAAUAACAACAGGAUCAUCAUCCAUUAUCGCUGAUCAUUUGGAAAAGAGACUCCCACCAUUAUCUUCAUCAUCUUCAUCAGAAUUCAAUAUAAUUUUACAAAAAUCUAAAGGUUUUGCAAAUGUAUUAUGUGAUACAUAUUUAGAUCAAUUAGUUGAUAAAAUUUUAGCAAUUCGUCAAGAAUAUCCAAAUUUAUUGGAUCAUGAUAAGUCGAUGGAAACAAUUCCACAAUAUGAAACAGUUCAAUCAGCUCAUUUGAAAGUAGAAGAAACACUUGAAAAAAUUCGUCAUUUACUUAAUAAACAUUAUGAAGAAUAUGAAAAUAAAGAGAAUGUCGCGAACAUUCCAUGCAAUGAAUCGUGUACACAUUUUGAUAAACAUGAUAUUGAUAUUGAAAAAAUGAAAGAAUCAUCUAAGAAAAUUAAACAAUUCAAUAUUGAAUUAUCUAAAUUAAUACCAGUCUAUACAAAUUUAAAAUUAAAUUCUUGUCCAUUAUCUAAUCAAGAAAAUAUUGUACAACAACAACAACAACAAUAUACUACUACUACUACUACUACACAAUAUUUUGACACUAUUUAUGAAGGUGUAAAUAAUUUAAAAAGAUUAAUAAAAGCUAAUGAAAAAUUACAAAAUAGUUUACAAAGAAUAUCACAAUACACAUCUUUAUUGCCUAAUUUAUCAGAAAACUCAACUGUUCCCAUCUUAGAUGAAAUUCUGUCAUCGAUCAAGUGUUCGUCAUCCUCAACAUCAUCAACAACAACAUCAUGA